CUUCGAAGCUGAGCCCAGGGGGGUGCCCCCCACGAUGUCUGACCUGGAAUCCUUUCAGUCAAGGGGGAGGAGCCAAGGUGGGGGAAGCCUCAGCAGCGGCCGGGAAGGUGACGUUAGUGACGGCUCAGUAGAAAGCGGAACAAGCCUUCAGAAACAAUUCAGCACCGAUGAGAAAGCUGGCAGAUUGAGGUAUGGCCGAUCCCCAACGGCCCCCCGAGGCUUCCCUGUGUGGGGGGUUCAACGCCCAAGCCGGCUGGAGGCUACCGAGGCUGUGACGUCUGAGGGGAUGCAGGAAGCGCAGGGGGAACAAAUAUUGGGGCCCGAAGCAGGCAUGGAGGAGUUAUGGGGGGGGGAGGAUGGCUGGCCCGAACUGGCAUCAUAUGAUCAGGAGAAUCUGAACAACGGAGGUGCCUUCGAAAAUCAGAGAGCUCUGUCUGGCAGAGACGCUGGGGCUCACUCGGAGCCAUCCAAGUCCCCAGGCGUAAGAAGUAGGGGGAGUCCUUACAUAGGCGGUGAGGAAAUGAAGUACUUUCCAGGUGUUGGCGAAUCCGCCCCCGUAGAGGAGUCGCCGCGGUCGCCUCUUGGGCGGACCAGGCACAUCCCGGAACCGCUAGACGAGGCCUCAGAGUCAGCAGACAGCACACACAGCUUUCUCGCUGACGAGGCCUCACAUGGCACCAGUCCGGGAAGGGCAAGCGCCAGCUCAGCACACUCCCAGCAACUAGAACUGCGGGAGGAGAUGAGCGGAGCCCCUUCUGCCAGCUCUGGGGAGGAGAGCACGUCAAGGCAGAAGCAGAAUUUGUGGUGGCAACUGGGGGCUAGUCCCAAUACACUAACUAGGAAGGGCACAACGAGCGGCGGUGUCGUUCUGGGGGAGCCGGAGGGAGAGCUGCUACAGUUGAGGAAGGCGUUGGGCGCAGCAGAAGUCAGCGCACGGAGGUGGAAGGCUGCGGCCACUGCGGCUGACGCCCAGGCGAGGGGCUUCCAAGUCGCCCUUGCGGCCACUGAGCAGACCACGCAGGCUUUGAACAACCGCCACGUAGGGGAGUUUGCUGCCGCCUGGGAACGUAUCCGCGAGAUGGAAACGCGCAUGACAGAAAUGGUCCAGACGCACGAGGCGCAGCUGGCACGCCUGCAGGCGGAGCUUGCCGCUAAACAGAGAACGAUUGACGCCAACCAAGCGUUAGCGGGCAACGUCAAACGUUUGGAAGCAGAGAAUGUGGCGCUCAGCAACGCUCUGGAGACGAUCAAAAGCGAGCGGGAUCGGAGUGGGGCAGCGAAGUUGGGUGAGGAGGAGCGCUUGAAGCAGCUCGAAGAAGAGCUGGCGGAAGCCAGGGCGGAUGCCGCUCGUUGGGAAGCCAAGAACGAAGCAGACAGGCGGGCAAGAAUGGCAGAGGCGGAGGAAGCGCUAGAGGGAGCGAAGCGACAAGCCAGAGACGCGCUUCAGGAAGCGGAGAGCACGUGGCGGGAUUCAUCUGCCAAGUGGGAUGCCAAGAGGGUUGAGGAGCUUCGGGAAAAAGACCUGGAGAUCGAGAGACUUUUAGAGGUGGCGGAGGAGCAGGCGCACGAGAUUGCGGCACUGCGGGAAGAAGUGUCGGAGCUGCAGGGGGGCGCUUCGGACGUCGAGUGGAUGAAGGAAAGAAUGGCCGGGUUUGAGCGUGACGUCAUCCAAGACGUGUCGGACCUGAGCCAAGCGUUGGAGGAGAAGGAGGGAGUGGUGAACGCGCUGCGAGAGGCGCUGGAAACGGCGCGGAACGCUCUCGUGGAGGCGGAAGAGAACCUGCGGCAAGAGGACCGGAAGCAUCGGGUGGCGGCGGCCGCGAAGGCGCGCGACUUUGCGGCGGAGUUGAACGAAGUUGAGGAGCUGUAUCGGUCGGAGCUGCAGAAAAAGGAGGGGCAGAUUCGAGACUUUGAGUUAGAGCUUGCCGCCGCAAAGAACGAGUUUGCGGAACAGGCGGACGUACUCGAACGGCUGAGAGUGGAGCUUGUCGAAGAGAGAGAAAAGAACGGGACACGCAUGGCGGAGGUUGCGAGCGAGGUCGACGAGUUGAGGGCGCGCGUCGAGGGCGCGGAGACGGCGGGAAAAGUCGCGGCGGCGCUGCGAUCGGAGUUGGAGUCCUGCAGGCUAGAAUGCGAGGCCCUGCGGGAUAAGUACACCAAUCAGCAGCUGGAAGACGUGGAGCUAGGCCAGCAGGUCCUGGCGGCGCAGCAACAACUAGAGACGGAGAGAAUGCGCUUUACGAGUCAAGAAACCGAGCUUCGGGAGCGUUUGGGGGAGGUCGAAACUGUGCACCGAGAGGCGCGGUUGCGGAUACAGGGCCUGGAAAGCGAGCUAGGCGGUGUGAGGGAGGCACUGGGCGGCGCGGGAGGCCCUGUAGAGCUGUUGGCAGCUAUCCGGGAUCUACGGAGGGAAGCUGACGGGCUGAGGGGUUCGCUAACGGAUGCGCUUUCGCAAGUCGAGGCGCUACAAGGGAUGGAGGAACAGGCGACGGCGAAGAGCGAGCGAAUGAAAGAGCUGCGGAAGGCCCUGUCGAAGGCACGGGACGCGCUCGCAGAGCUGCAGGCGACGUCGGAAGCAGAGAAACAGGGCCUCACGGAACAAGUGGGCAAGGCUUUGGAGGAAGCACGUACGGAGAAAGGGGCUCGGGAAAGAGCGGAAGCGGAAAAUGCGGCGCAAAUCGCGGAGCUGCUGCGGUGCCUGCAGGGGACGGAGAAAGCGCUGAGCGCGAGUCAAGGUGAGCUGAGAACGGAACAAGCGCUGAGGAGAGCGGCCGAGGAACGGAACGCGGAAAGCGGGGCGGAGAUAUUGAGGCUGGUGGCGAGUUUCGAGCGGAAGAUUGAAGAGAAGGGGCGGUUGGAAGGCGAGGUCUCGAAGCUACGGGGAGACUUGGAGCAGAAAGAGGUGGAGGCGCGAGUUGCAGUACAAGCUCUGGAGGCAAAAGUUGCUGAAAUGCAAGCGCAGCUUACCCAAGCCGAAGCAGAGAGGGAAGGGUUUGAGGGAAGGGUUGCGACUCUCGAGGGGCAACUUAAAGAAAAGAGCGAAGGGCUCAGGAAGCUGAGCGUAGAGCUGGAAGCUCUAGAGGGGCAGUCGGUGCAGAACCGCGCUUCCAUGGUUUUGGUGGAGCGGUUGAGAGGCGAGUUGGCACAAGUGACGUCAGAGUCGGAGGAGGCGAGGCGAGAGCUGGAAACGAGGGAUGGUGAGUUGAGAGCAGCUUUGAGGGGCAGGGAUGAUAGUCGGGCGGAGGCGUUGCGAUUGGCAGCGGAGCUGACAGAGGAACGGGCGAGGGGCGAGAAGCAAAGCGAGGAGAUGAAGAGGCACGUGCAGGCAGCGGCGGAUGAGUACAGGCGGGCGAAAGCUGCGGUGAAGGCGGAGCUGGACCAAGUCAACGAAGUCAUGGAGCAGGAGCGUGUGGCCGCCAGCUUGGCCCUUCGUGACGCGCAACAACUGCAGCACGAUGCCGAGGACCGCUGCGAGGGCCUGGAGCUCGAUCUGCGGGCAACGGAGCAAACUCUCCAUAUGCAGACGGCUGAGAUCGCGCAGUUGCGAGACGAGGCGGCGAGGGCGGGGCAGGAGACGUCACGCUUACGUCAGCAAGAGGACGGGCUGGAGGCGGAGCUGGGGGUGCUUCGUGAGGAGGUUCGGGGGUACAAGGAAGCGGUGCGGGAGGAGGCGGAAGAGGUGGGAAAGCUGCGGAAGGGGGUAAAGUCCAAAGAGCGAGUAAUUGCGAGUUUGGAGGAGAAUCUAAAGCGCGUAAAUGUCGAGCUUGUUGCGAGCGAGAAGCAGGCGACAGCCGUGGGGAAGGAUGCCGAGCGGGACCGGCGCGGGAAGAAAGAGCUGGCGCGGAAAGCGGAAGCGGCUGCGGCCGCGGCGGAAAAGAGCGCGCAGGAAAAGACGGAGUUCGAAAAGGGGCUGGCGGAGAUUGCUAAAAAGUUGGAGCGAGCGCAGAAGAGCAAGGAACGGCUAGAGAAAGAAGUGGUGCGGAGCGAGAAGGAGCGGCAUGCUUUGGCGGUCGCCGUACGAGAAGCAGAAGCUGCGCUGGCGCUAGUGCACGCUGAAGUAGACGAUGUGAAAGCACAACUCGCCACGUGUCAGAGCGUAAUGAUGUCUGCGGAAGCGGAAGAAAAGUCGUUGGCGGCGAGUUUGGCGGAGUGCGAGCGGGGUCGCUUAGAGGCUCUUGAGGCGCAGUCUGCGGCGCAGAGGGAGCGGGCAGAAGCUUUAGAUGGGCUCCAGGAGGCGCUGGGGGUGGUGGAGGCGGUGAGGGCCCAGAAGGAACAAGCGGUGCGUGACUUGGCGGAAGCAACUAGAGAAGGGGCGGAAGCGCGGGAGACGGCGAAGGGGGCCGUCGAGGCGGCGGAGCAGGCUGCAAAGGACAAGCAAACAGUACUGGAAGAGAAGGACGCCAUGGCUGCGGCGAUGGCGGGCGUGCUGCGCAGCGUGGAGCAGGAGCGGGCGCGCCUGUUGGCCAUGGCGCGAGCAGCCGCGGCGGAACUGGCGCACGAAAUGCACAAGGUUCAGCAGCUGAAGGCCAGCCUGCGACGUUCAGCCCCACUGGAGCCGCCGGUUCCCGCCCUCCCUUUGCCCGAGCCUUGGCCCGAAGGCUUCCUCGUGAAACAGUACCUCUCCUCCGACCUCACCAUAAGCACGAAGGCGGCUGGAUUUGACACCGCGGACUGGGUUCCACGAAAGCGCCCGGUUGCCCCAGCGGAAGGAUUUUUGAAGUUGCGAAAUGGCGAGGGGGAGAGGGCUGAGAUGAUGGAUCGAGGCACCAACACGGACAGCAUUGUGGUCGACCGAGGCGGGCUGGCGCUGGCGGACAGAGGCACCGGAACGGAUGCUGGAAUCCAAACGGAAUUUGAGAAUAAGCUGGGCGAUGUAACCGCACCGAAGGGGAAUGAAGCUGCGGUUCUCGACGCAGCCUCGAACAUAUCCCGGCAGGUGGAGACUUUGCGGUCGCAGUUGGCAGUGACGGAGCACGAACUAGAAACGGUGCGUGCAGCCUUCACAGAACGGGUGUCGUUACUCGAAGCGGAUUUGAUCGCCGGCCGGCAAGCUCUGGAGUCAGUUCAGUUUCGAAACCAAGAGCUGGAAGUGGAAGUUGGGGGCCACGCUGCGCGGGUGCAAGUGCUAACUGCCGAAAGCGUGCAAGCUCGCGAGGCGUGGACACUUCGGGCCACCGAGAGCGAUGCCGCCCACUCAGCAGAGGUCGCCGGACUGCAAUGGCAGCUAGAAACGGUGCACGAGCAGCUGACGUCAGCAGUCCGAAAGCUGACGUCAGAAAGGCUCCGUUCGGAAGGUCUAACGGAGUCUGCAGAAUGGGAGAGGCUCGAGCUCUUCCGUCUGAGCGGACGAGUACGCGCUCGGCAGGAGGAGCGAGCAGGUCGCGCGGCAUUCGCUGAGAUCGCCACUCGGCCUGUAAGCUGUCAGACUUGCGCUGCGAACGCCCGGUCAACCGAAGCACUUGUUCUUGAGGAGGUCUUCCGCCUGAGCGGCCAUGUCAGGGCGCUGGCAGAGGAGGCGAGGACCAACGUCGAGAGGACAAGUGCGGGGAUCGAAUCCGUCUCAGAGGAACUUGGGCAACGCAUUCUGCUGCGGGAGAUGGUAAUGUGCUCAAAAGAAACUGCUUCGAGCGGUGUGCCCAGCGGGGCCUGCUGCGAAAAGAAAGUGAACCAACAAGAAGACGGGGAGUCGGCGAAAGAGCUGGGGUCAGAUGCGGUGGUGAUGUCGCUGAAGGGUGAGCUGGAAGCACGGGAGCGGGACGUGGCGCGGCUACAGAAGGAGAACCGGCGGCUAUUCCUUUUGGUGGAGCAAAAAGAGGAGGAAGCGGAGGAGCUGCAAAAGAAACUAGACGAGGCCGUGCAAGGAGCAGUGGCGCUUCCGGCAGUGACAACGGGGGCGGCUGACGUGGGCCAGGACGAGCAUCUGCGGGAUGUGUCGGUAGAUGAUGCCAGCGCACAGUCUGGUGAAGUCAGCGCAAACGUCAGCGGGGAGAGCGAGCUGCGAGAACAGCUGGGAAGCGCGAAGGCGGAGGUCACGCGGUUGCGCGAACGUCUGGAGGUUUCCGAGCGGGAGAGGGAGGCAGCGGAACAGGAGCUGAAGCGCACGUUUGCGGACGAGCUUCGGACGGCCGCCGAGAAGUACGAGAGCGCCCGCGCCGACUUCGAAGAGCGGGCAGAACGAGUCGAGGCGGAGGCAGAGGCGAGCUUGGAAGAGUUGCGGAACCGACUACGAACGGAAAUGGAGGAGGGGAAGCGGUGGAGGGAAGAGUGCGAAACGGUAAAGGAGCGCUUGAAAGAGCGGGAGAAGGAAGCGGUAAGUGUCGGGGACCAGUAUCGGGAUGUGGCGCGGCGGGCUGAGGAGAUGCGCGAGGCAGCGGUGGCAGCGGAGACGAGCCGGCGGGAGGUGUGUGCGGAGCUGGAGCGGGCCGUCGGGCGGAUGCGCGACCAGCAGGAAGUUCUAGAGGUGCUGCAGCAAAGGGUCCAGGCGGCAGAGGAGUCUAGAGCUCCCAGGGGAGGAGUUGCUAUGGAGGGCACUCAAGAAGAAGAGACCGGGGAAGAGGAAUGCGGAGUGGUGAGCGCGCAGGGAGGGGAAGGAAUCGAGAAGCGAGUGGCGGCGUUGGACGGGGUCAUUGAGAUGUGGCGCACAGCGUGUCGGCAAAAGGACGUUGAGCUUGCGACGCUCCGUUCCGCCCUGUCCACCACCCAGGCUCUGCUGGCGGACUCCGAGGAGCGGCUCGCCCAGCUGCGGACCGACUUUCAGCGCCUCGACCUCGCAAACGAGGACACGUGUAGCGAGCUGGACCGUCGGAUCGCCGAAAUGGCGAUCGCUGCAAAGCAGCUAACCACCGCCCUCCAGGCGGCAAACCAUCCGACGGCCGAGAUCAAAAGGGACGCUGAGCUGGCGGACGAGGGACAGCUGGCGAGGGCGGCCAUGGCAGCCGCGGCGGUAAUCGGGAUGGAGGCUCGCGAGCUAACUAGAAUGGCGGAGCGACUCGAUAUGCUGCAGACAAUGCAGGCGCCGACUCCGGGAUCGGCCGACACGGGGGUCGUGCCGGGCAGCGGCGAAGUCCGCGUGAGGACUCCGGCACGGAAGCCACUGUGGCUGGAUCAGGAGAAUGUGCAUAGGUUCUUACCCGGCAGGAGACAGGAGCAGAUGACUUUACCGUGGUCAGGUUCGAAACAGUACCACGAACACGAAGAGCGGGCGUUGAGCCCGAUUCGGGUCUGACAUUGUCGUCAAAUUUGUGGUCUGUCAAACAUAAUAGGGGACCAGGUCCGGAAC